CUUGUAGAAAGGUCUUUUUAUUAUUUUGGGCUACGCGUUUUGAUCUAAGCAUACAUCUUCAUAAUCAUUUUUUUUUGAAACAAUAUCAGGAUUAUUGAGAUGAGUCACAUGAUUAGUUGUUGAAAUGUUUAUCAUGUUUGGAUCAUUAAAGUCUAGUAUAUCUAUCUCCUGGUUCUGAUUGCAUAAACUCUUUACACCUCAUCCCAUGUUUCAGAGGGGAUCUUGUGUGAGAUAUGGUAACAAAACGUUGUUUCUUUUUGUCCUUGUGUCUCAUUCAUUCUAAUAUGAUAAUUUGGCAAAGUUUUCAUUCAAGAUAAAAAGUCUUUGUUUAGGAGCAUGCAGGCCACACAUGCAAUGCAACUGUACCUUGAUGUUUGCUUGCCCAUUGAAGUAGCACAAGGACAAAGAGGGGGUGAGGUAGGUGGUAGGUCUUUUAUCUCUCAGAGAACAUGGAUGAUACAACCCCUCCCUGGGGUUGUGGACAAACAGGUGCUGUGAAAAUGAUUUGAGGGCCAGUAAUGAGAGUGAAUCCAUCCGCCGAGGAGGAGGAGGAGGAGGAGGAGAAGCAGGUGUGGCUUUAAAGAGGGAGAGAAAUCUUUGGAUGGACCAGCGACUCCGUGUCAUUUAAUGUGCACUCACCCACUCAUCUUUGGGAUAAGGUAUGUAAUUAACCUGACAAACACAGAAUCAAAUAGCCCCUAAUGACUAACAAUAAUAUCAAUAACGCCAGUAAGGGAACAAAAAGGUCACCUUUGAGCUUUUCAUCUUUUUAUUGGCAUACGGUGGUAUCUCUUCUUUCUCCCAUCAACACAUAUUUGUUGUCGUCGGAAAGCAUUGGAAAAAGCGCGCCUUCCUUGAGAGGGCAGGCUGUCCCUCCUUUAUUUUACUGCGCAACAACGACAGCAGCAGCGGGCAGGCAGACGGGGGCCAAGCUUUGCCCUCUCUUCCUGAGACCACCGCAGCGGCACUGCGAGCGAUCCCCCCGGACCAAGCCAAGCCCACCUACCGGAGGCGCAGAUCUCUACCCCGCAAUUAAAUCUCUCGACAUCUCUCCCGUCUCCCCACCCCCCCAUGAUUGGUGUCGCGGCGGAGGGCCGGUGGUGAUCCCUCCGUCUCUCAAGAUGCCGCCUUUACCUCGUGGGCUGUCGCGGGCGAUGACUUGAUCCCGGGGGUUUCCUUGGAGCAGGGAACAUGAAGUCAGGCUACAAAAAGGCUUGGAAAUCCCUGUUACCUCUUCGGCUAAAUAAGAGAUCUUCCAAUCGGUUUUGUAUGUUCUCAAAGGUUCGAUCGGCCAGCAGAACAUCAGGAAAUGCACCUGUUUAUCUAAAUGUGUAUGACUUGACACCAAUUAAUGGCUAUAUGUACUGGGCAGGCCUUGGGAUAUUUCACACAGGUGUUGAAGUUCAUGGGGUGGAAUAUGCAUUUGGCGCACAUGACUAUCCAACAAGUGGAGUCUUUGAGGUUGAGCCUCAUCAAUGUCCAGGAUUCAGGUUCAGGAAAUCAAUAUUCAUGGGUACAACAUGUUUAGACCCAUUUCAGGUUCGAGAGUUCAUGGAAAUUCAGUCUGUAAAUUAUAAUGGAGACACCUACCACUUGAUCACGAAGAACUGCAACCAUUUCUGCCAAGAUAUCUGUUUUAACUUGACUGGUAACUCAAUUCCAAAAUGGGUGAACCGACUUGCUAGGAUAGGUUCCCUCUGCAACUGCCUACUGCCCGAAGCCCUUAAGAUAACUGCUGUUCAACAUGACCCAGUUCCGCAAACCAAGGAUGGUGAGAGGAGGAGGCUGAGGAGUGCUUUCAGUUGUCUGUCCUCGAUUUCUUUGCGUCAGAAACGCUUCUCUGCUGCUUCUCUGUUGUCACCUCCAUUUAGAAGUGCCUUUCAUAUUGGGAGUUAGGUCUGGUGCCAUUCCAAUAAAGAAUACCUGAAAAUAGCAGGAUCUGUUGAUCAAGAAAAAACCUGAUGGUUUCUUAGUUUUCUCCGGUGGAAAGCUUGUGAAUGCAUAUCUUGGUACAGAAAGAUGGCUACCCAUAAUGUGCUAUAAGCUUUGAACUUGUUGUAUAAGCUCGUUGUGGAUAGGAAAGCUAAGAUCACUAAACGAUGUGCAAUGCUUCUGUUAUUUGUUAGGUUGCUCACUUGAACAGAGACUUUUGUAGCACUGAUCAUCUGAGGUUUGUUGUAUGAUUAUUUCAUAGACCCAAAUUUUUGGAUAUCUUCUUAACCCACUUUCCUUGAAAUAUUAAUGCUUGAUUAGCUUUCUUUUA